AUGCAGGAUUUCGUGGUUCCUACCGGUGAAGAGGACACCAACUUGGUAGACGCUUCGGCGACGGAGGCGGACAAGACGGCGGCGCCUGUAAGCACGAGCACCCCUGCUGAAGCUCCUGUCGCCUCCCCUGAAUCGGCGUCUGUGGCGGCAACCCACGCGGACCCCUCGCAUUCCGCCGCAAUCGCUCAGCCAGAGUCAGAGAGAACCGAGUCGACACUCGGCAAGGCAGAGCCUACCAUCUCUUCCGCCUCAGCUGCGGAUUCCGAACCGCCAGCUUCUCCGGAAACGAAAGCUGAACCACCUGCCACUGCCACCAGUCCCUCUACCUCAACUGAGCCUCCACCCGCACCCCCUUCGCCUGUUAAGCAGGCUCCUCCCUCGCCCUCCAAACCCGUCACCGUCUCCUCGCCCGCGAAGGCCAACCCAAUGCCGGCCGCCUCGUCUCCAACACCCGCUGGAGACGUGGACCCGUCGAAAAUGACCAUGAAGGAGCGUUUAGCGUUCUUCGCUGCUGCCCAGGACAAGGCUGCUGGACCUCCGCCCCCUAUCAAGCCUAAGCCGGCAUCUGCGGGAUUGACUUGGAGCCAACGUCAGAAGCUCCGUCAAGAGCAGGAGGCCAAGGAGCGUGAAGCCGAGGCUGCUGCGCGCAAGGAACGAGGCGAAUCGGAGCCGAAGGACGAGCCUGAGCCCAAGCCGGCAGCCGCUACCACGGAUUCCACACCCUCGGAAUCUAAAGCGGAUACCGAAAAGGUCGGAACGGGGAUGAGCGCCAGCGAUGCGGCAUCCUCUAUCCAGAAGGGUGGCUCUCUCAAGGAGCGGAUGGCCGCUCUCCAAGCUGGUGGCGCCUUUGGCCGUACGGAACCCGCUGCCCCUAAGGUGGCAAGCACCGGAAAGGUCUGGACUCGUCCGCCAGCACCCCCGGCUCCCGAGCCUGCAGAAGGAGAGGAAUUGGAAGGUUCUGCCCCUCCCCCUCCCAUGAACAUUCCCCGGUCCGAUGAACCUGCAGAGGGAGCAGAGAGCGCCAACGAAGAAGCUGAGGACGAGGAUGAGAAGGCCCGUCGAGCUGCUAUCGCCGCUCGUAUGGCCAAACUGGGUGCUCGUGGACCCAUGGGCAUGGCGAUGCCUAUUCCUGGUAUGGGGCCCCCGCCUCGCAAGACUUCAACUGGACCUGCUGUGUCGCCUCCGCCCAAGGGCGCCAGUGUGAGCGAGCAGGCUGAUGCUGAGCCGGCAGCUGCGACCCAGAGUGAAGAGACGCCAGAGCCAGUCGCAGCUCCUUCUGAAUCCCGGUCCGAAGCCACUGAAUCUACUGGAGCCACCGCAACCUCCGCUCCUCCGGCCUCGGUGAAAAUGCCGGCCGUUCCUCGCCGUACGGCUGGUCCCCGCCGCCGAGCAGCACCAAGCAGCGGUGCAACCUCCCCUGCUGCUCAAACACCAGUCGAAGCACCUACGCAGCCUGACGUUUCUACAGAGGAAGGUUUGGCAGGCCAGCCUGCACAGGAGCCCAUCGGGCUGGAGCGCGUAGACGCGGAAGGCAACAUUGCACCUCCUCCACAGGUUCCCAGCGAGGAGAUUCCUCUAGAACCGACUCCCCAGCAGCGGAAGAUGACGUUGAUGGAGGAAGAGCUCGGCCGCGGACCCCAGGGCGCCGAGGGAGCAGAAGCUGUCGGAAUCUCCCUUUCUCCCACCAACUCGCCCCAGCCUCAGGCAACGACGCAGAGCCCCGAAUCGCAUGGACAUGAGAAGGAAACCGCGGGUGCUGCCGCUGCGGUCGGUUUGGGCGCUGCUUUGGGCGCUGCUGCAGCAAGCCACGGACAUCGAUCUCAGGAGACAGCGGCUUCCUCCCCUGAAGAGCAUCUUGGCUCUGGCCCGGGUGGGGCGGACGGAGCGGCGGCGGCGGGAAUCGCUCUCAGCCCUGCCCCCGACACUACCGACGCUCAGGCUCACGGAGCCAUUGGAUCCGGCCCCGCGGGAGAGGCGGGCGUUUCUGCCGCGGGCAUCGCUCCGAGUCCUGUGCUUGCCGACGAGAAGGAGGAUACCGAUAUGCACGAGGCCGUCGGGUCCGCGCCAGGCGGAGCCGAGGGUGCCGCUGCCGCAGGUAUCGCCUUGAGCCCCGUUGAAGACAGGGAGCCCGAGCAGCCCACGCAAGAGGAGCAACAAACCGCCGCCCUUCAGCGACCCGAGACACCUCCUCCACCACCUCCAGCGAGAAGUGUUUCCGUUGACACUUCGCCAACGCAAACGGCGCCGCCGCCUCCCCCUCCACAGAUGCAGUCUCCAGCGCGGUCUGUUCCGCCGGGGCCCGAUGCCUCCCCGGUUUCAACAGGACGGACUGCGCCACCUGUGCCCCAGCGUUCUGAGUCCGGACACGUUGACGAUGGGCAUCUGCCCGCCACUACGUCGCCUACGUCGCCGACGUCGCCUGCACGUGCUAUGCCCCCGGCCCCGUCCUCGUUCAACGCCUCCCCCACUCGCGCUGUUCCACCGCCUCCUUCCGCCGUUCCUCCCCGCGCAGCGGAUAGUGACGAUGAGGAAACAGAUGACGAGGAAUGGGGCGAUGCCCCCGCCGUGCCGCAGAGCGCCCGUAUCUCCACUUCACCGCAGGCCACGGCUGGCGCCACCGCUGUCCCUCCUCCGCCUCCCGCCGCGCGCCCUAUUCCGCCACGUCCCGCGAGCGAUGACGAGAGUGAGGAAGAGGAGGAUGUCGACCUCAUGAAGCAAGCGCAAGCUGGCAACCUCGACGUCCAUGUGCAGGACCGAGACGACGUUCGCGAGAACGACAGUCCCGAGGCUCCUCCUCUGCCUCCCGCUCGACCUACUCCCUCUUAUUCCGAGGGACCGGGUGCCGGCGCUCUCGCUGCCGGAGCGGCAGGAAUGGGCGCUCUUGGCACUGCUGCUGGGACAUCAAGUAUCGGAAAAGGCGAGGAGGAGCCCGAAACCCUGGCUCCCCCUGCUAUCAUCAGCCACAGCGGAGCGCCCAACGCUGACGAGUCUGCUGCGCAAAAGCGCCGCAGUGUGGAUCGACCUGCCGGGCCCAGAGCCUCUCCAUUGGGGCCACGCCCUUUGCCUCGCAGUCCUCAACCUCCAACUCCGGACGUUGAGGAACUGGAAGCGUCUCAGCACGUCCCGCCUCCACCUGAGGGACACCCGUCGAUUCCGCCGCGAGACACUCAACAGGAGGAGCGUGAAGCAACCGGACGCGGUGAUGAGGUACCCCCCGAACAGCAGCAAAACCGGCCCAACGUUUCGCAGCCCGACGAUGUUGAAGGACACGGCGAAGCACUUGUCGGCGCCACGCAGACUCGCCAGCCGACGGAGAGUGGCCAGGCAGCCCUUCCGGCGAAUGUCAACCCGAAGUCAGCUAUCGCGGCUCGCAUGGCAGCUCUAGGUGGUGUCAAGUUCGGCAUGCCGCCUCCUCCUAUGAAGAAGCGCUCCAUGGUGUCAGAAGAGGCUGAGCCCGGUAGCGCUUCCCCGGAGGUUCCCGCACGUGAGAAGGAGACCGACUCAGCAGGGGCCGCGCCAGUCUCUUUCCAGGGGCAAGAGGAGGAGGAGGAGACGCCGGAGCAGGAGGCUGCGCGCCGUCGUGCCACUCUUGCCCGCCUGCGCGCCGGUGGUGCUCUCGGCUUCGGCGUCUUCACCCCGAACGUGCCCGAACAAGAGCCAGACCAGAGCGAAGAGGUGGGUCGGGAAGGGGCUGAUGGGGAGGACGAAGAGGACGACACCGAUGACGAUGUCCCGCCUCCUCCUCCGCCCCGUGCCAACGUCCCAGGCUCCGACGCUCCACCGCCGCCUCCUCGUACUGGUGUAGCCGCUCCCACUGCUCGGCCGCCGCCGACUCCUAGCAACGAUGGUGGUGCGCCGCCGCCACCUCCCCGUCCUCAGGAUGACAAUGAAGCGCCCCCGCCUCCUCCGCGCCCUAGUGUUGUUGACGCCAACGCUCCCCCGCCGCCUCCUCGAGCUGUUCCACCCCCUGUAGCGGCCGGAGGAGCUCCCCCGCCCCCUCCCACUAGGCCUGGUCCCGACGCCUCACGGUCGCCUUCCCGUCCGCCUGUACCUCAGGCGUCCCAAAUCAUGGGCACCGCUUCCCAUUCUGUCGGAGAGUCAGUCGCCCCGCCACCUCCUCCCAGGGCCGCCCCUCCACCGCCCGCCGAUGAUGACGAAGAUGAGGCGCCUCCACCUCCGCCCCCUCGAGCUAUACCCCCUGCUCCGCAGCAAGUGCAUCACUCGACUGAGGGCUCACAGGCGAUUCCUCAGCGCUCGGUGCCCCCUCCUCCGCCCGAGAACGCGCCGCCGGUUCCUGCUCGACAGCCUAGCCUCCCUCCUGCUCCCCCUGUUCACCCUGGUGCCGCUGCUCAUAGCUCCGAACUAGGUCAGUACGGCCAGGGCCAGGAUGGACAGGGCCAGUAUGGACAAAGCCAGUACCCUCAGCAGCAGGUUCCCCCGGCGCUCCCCGCCGGUCGACCUGGACAACCCCGCUCGCCUCCGCCUCAGACUUCCCGCUCUCCGCCCCCUCAGCUGGCCCAGAUCGGACGCAUCGGCUCUCACAAGUCUCAGGGAUCCGCUGGGCCUCGCAGCUCGACUGAGCGUGCCUCCAUGUCAAUGAGCAGACCAGGUUACAACGAGCUCCAGGCGGCGUCGGCAUCGCACGGCAGUGUUCUCAUGCGCGCUGCGAAGGGUAUGUUUGAUCAAGGGAAGCGCGGAAACUACGGCGACGGCUCUUCCCCAGGCUUCGUACGAGUCGCUUUUGAACGGGCUGGUCUUCCUCUCCCUGCUGGAGAAUGGGGCUUGGCCAUCUACGAGCAGGAAGCUUCGUCGGUCAUGAAGAAGCUCGAUGAUCCCCGACCCGGAGACAUUGUCGCGAUCCACGACGGCAAGUUCAAGGGCAAGAAGGGUCUCAGCAGCUACCACCAGCAGGUCGGUAGCAUCCAGGACCCCUUGAUCGCGAUUAUCCACGAGUACGACCUCAAGAACAAGCACAAGCUGCGCUGCCUGCAGGUGGAGAGAGGCGUGCCCUCAGAGAUCAGCUACAGGCUUGACGACUUGAAGAGCGGAAAGGUGUUCGUCUACCGCGUCGGAUUGCAGGGAUGA